AUGGCAGCAGUGUCUAUUCCUCCCUCGCCCCAGGUCAUUUCCACCAUGACGAGUCGCCGCGCCCCGCUGGCAAACAUCCCCAAUGCCGCCAACUCACCUUUCCGCGCCGUCGCCGCCGCUGCCUCGAAACGACAGCGUUCUCACGCGAGCGAUCAACGCGAACUAGCUUACGGCCAGCCUCCGCCAACAAAGAAGCUGAUUGUCGAGGUCGACGAUGCCGAAGCUCGCCGUCACGGUCUGGGCCGAAGAACUACCCACAAUCCCAAUGCUUUCCAGAGGAAGCUUGAAGCUGCCCGAGAAGUCAAGGCGCCCUCGAAGUCAUCUGAACGACCUCAGAAAGUAACCAACGAGAACCUGGAAAGCAUUCGACAAUGGCAGAAGCACUACAAGCGGAUGUUUCCGACCUUUGUCUUCUAUUUUGACAGCAUUCCCGAUGACCUUCGCAGCAGAGCUUCGAGGCAAGCACAUACGCUUGGUGCUCGUGAAGAAAAAUUCUUCUCCAAGGCCGUCACUCACGUCGUGACGACGCGUCCAAUACCCCCAGAGAAUGACAGCUCUAGCUCCAGAAAGGGAGCAUCGCGUACUAUUGAUCCGUCUGUUCUCGAUCGUUCGGCCGAGAAUCAAGCUCAAACUCUGAAGGGACGAUUCACAUUCGAGGCCCCAAUGCCUAAGACGAACAAUGGCGAUAUCCUCCACAAGGCGAGAGAGAUGGGCAUGAAGAUCUGGUCGGCAGAAAAACUCCAGCGAAUGUUGAAUACCAUGUUCCACACAGACACCGGCGAGCAGGUUCCAGAGCAUCCCCGCCGACAUGCUAUUGCCCAGACCAAGGCAGGAAGAGAUGUCGAUCUCCAGCAACUACUCCAGAACGAAAAGGUCAAUGGCCCUGCUGACCGUGACUUGACCGUUGCCACUCAAGAAAUGGUUCAAAUUCGCGGUUACUACAUCUACAUCCACGACAUGGAUGAACAAACACGACCUUGCAUGGUCAGAGAAUACGCAAAACCAGCAACAAAAGAAGAAGGCAAAUGGCCACAGUUUCGCGUUACCGGACCGGGCAAGUGUCCGUUCGUGGAGGAUCCAAAUCACUCAAAACGUUCUCACGCCCAGGAGAAGCAGUCAGAAGCAAGGACCGAGCGAGUGUCGAUAGCAGUACCCAGGACUCGUGCUGCCGCUGCUAUGGAAGCUGCCAAGGAUGGGCAGUCUGUCAAUAUAGGCGAAAGGCGAGUAUUGGCACAAAACAACAAUCUCGCGAGACGACCUACAAGUGCGGCAGGCCAGCCAGGUGGUCUCUUGAACCAAUCCAAACCACUCGAUCCUCCCGCAUUGGUUCCGGCCAAGCGUGGCAAUCCAGACAGCAUGCCGCCUAUGUUUGGAAGCGCGCAGGCGAGCAUUCGGGGCAUCCCACGCUUUGCUGGAGGCGAGCCUGUCGCGUCAGGAAUCCAACCAUCGAACGUUACUUCAGCUAUUAGAUCACAGAUGAUCUCCUCUACCGCUGCUGCCCCGGGUGCAAGAGCUGGAACCAGCAAAGAGAUGCAUCAACUGAAGAGGAAGGUUCUUGAGAAGAACAACGCACCUUCAGCCUCCAGCAUGCCAUCCUCUUACAUGAAUGAUGUUCGUGCUGCCAUCAACAAUGAUUGCGGUCCACCCCCAAGGGCGGCGAAGCGAAAGGCCCAAGACACGCUUACACAUAUUCACGAAGACAUGACAGUUUCUGAAGAAGAGAAGUUGCAACAGAAGGUUGCUGUUGUCCGUCGUAAGAAGGCAACAGAGAAGGAGCUCAAACCCGGAUACUGCGAAAAUUGCCGAGAGAAGUUCAACGACUUCGAUGAGCACAUCACCUCGCGCAAACAUCGCAAAUUCGCAAUGACUUUAGAGAACUGGAGAGAACUCGACGCUCUUCUCAGUCAGCUUGUUCGUCGAUAG